GGUUCGUUCUCUUUUCAGUGGCAGCCAUGGCGGAACAAACAGAGAGGGCUUACCAGAAACAGGCCCCUAUAUUCCAAAACAGAAAGCGUGUUCUUGCUCAGCCAUUAGGCAAGAAGAAGGAACUUCGUUAUGUCAGAAAUGUUGGCUUAGGGUUUAAAACACCAAAAGAUGCUAUUGAUGGUACCUACGUGGACAAGAAAUGCCCUUUCACUGGCAAUGUCAGCAUCCGUGGCCGUAUUCUCACUGGUGUCAUUAAAAGUAUGAAGAUGAAGCGAACAGUWGUAGUACGACGUGAUUAUCUUCAUUAYAUWAAAAAGUACAACAGAUUUGAGAAGCGUCACAAGACCCUGUCAGCUCAYCUUUCGCCUUGCUUUAGGGAUGCUGGUAUCGGUGAUUUAGUUACCAUUGGCCAGUGCCGUCCUCUCAGUAAGACUGUUMGGUUCAAUGUUCURAAAGUCUCYAAAGGCAAAGGUGUACAGAAGGACAAAAAACAAUUUGAAAAGUUCUAAAUAUGCUUGAAUAAAUCACCUUGUGGCUGA